UGAACUGAGAUUUUAAUGAUAUCUAAUUUUCUUUAUAAUUUUAGAUAUGCCACUGAAAAGUUAAUCGCUAAACCAGGUUUCUUUGCAUCCCUAGUUCACACUGUCGUGGAUUUGCUAGGUGAUGCAUUCCCUGAGGUCAAAAAGAGUCCUCAGCAAAUAAUUGAAAUAAUAAACGAGGAGGAAGCGCAGUUCCUAAAGACAUUAUCACGCGGACGAGAUCUUUUCAAUCGCACAGUUGCCAAAUUGGGCAACAGGAAUAUAAUUCCUGGGGACUUGGCCUGGAAACUGUAUGACACAUAUGGAUUCCCAGUUGAUCUUACCCAACUUAUGGCUGAGGAGAAGAACUUAAAAAUAAAUAUGGAAGAAUAUGAGCAAGCAAAGCAGGCUGCCUACAUAAUGUCUCAGGGCAAGAGCGCAACGAAAGCGGAGGAAAUUCACUUGGAUGUUCACGCCAUAUCAGAGUUACAAUCCAGAUCUAUACCUAUUACGAAUGAUUCGCCCAAAUACAAAUAUCAGGCCGAAUCUGACAAAUUCGAUUCGCCUUAUAUUUUUAGUUCAUGCAAAGCGAAGAUAUUUGCUCUGCGAUUUGGGAACCAGUUUGUCAAUAAAAUAGAAGCUGGCAGUAAGGCAGGCAUAAUUUUAGACCAAACAAAUUUCUAUGCAGAAAGUGGUGGUCAAAUUUAUGACAAAGGUUCUUUCAACAAAUCCAAUAGCGGUGUUGACAAGUUUUUUGUUGAAGCUGUUUUUAAUCGUGGUGGUUAUAUUUUGCAUAUUGGCGUUGCAGAUGGAGAAUUCGCUGUAGGCGACGAAAUUGAACUUAAAAUUAACAUUGAACGCCGUUGGCUAACCAUGAAAAACCAUUCCGCCACCCAUGCCCUAAAUCACAGUCUGCUUCAAGUACUUGGCAAAGAGACUGACCAAAAAGGAUCUUUGGUAGUGCCAGAUAAAUUACGUUUUGAUUUCAGUAGCAAGUCCGCUAUGUCAAUUGAACAAAUAGCUAAAGCAGAACAAUUAACACGAGAUAUUGUUUAUCAAAAUAUGCCGAUUUUCGCAAAAGAAACCAAAUUGGCAAAAGCAAAGAAGAUACGUGGACUUCGCUCAGUUUUUGAUGAGGUUUACCCAGAUCCGGUACGUGUUAUUUCGUUUGGUGUGCCAGUAGAAGAGCUUGAAAAUAAUCCCGACAGCGGUGCUGGAGAGAAAACUUCAGUCGAAUUUUGUGGUGGCACACAUUUGCAACGCUCGGGCCAUAUGAUGGAAUUUGUAAUUACUAGUGAAGAAGCAAUUGCGAAAGGCAUACGGCGUAUUGUGGCUCUAACUGGUCCCGAUGCUGUAAAAGCUUUAGAAAAGAACAAUGAACUUCACCAGAAAAUACAAGCAUUAAAAUCCACAAUUGAAGCUGAUGAGGAUGGCAAAAACUCCAAAAGCUAUGUGAAACAAAUAGUGGAAUUCACAGAGGAGGUGUCGCAAGCCAUAAUUCCGUAUAUAAAAAAAGACCAAAUGCGUAAUCUACUUAAGCAAUUGAAGAAGACACUCGACGACAAGGAGCGCACAAUGAAAGCAGCAGUUUCGGUAACCGUGAUCGAAAAGACAAAAGAGAUUUGCGAAGCGAACCCACAGGCUACAUUGUUGGUGAAACAGUUUGAGGCAUUUAACAAUACUAAGGCUCUUGAUGGUGCGCUGAAGCAAGUACGCUCUUUGUGCCCUGAUGCCGCUGCGUUAUUCCUAUCCGUUGACGAGGAUUCAAAGAAGGUAUUUUGUUUGGCUUCAGUUCCAAAGUCCGCUGUAGACAAAGGCCUUAAAGCUAACGAAUGGGUCCAACAAUUAUCCGAAAUUAUUGGUGGAAAAGGAGGUGGUAAAGCAGAAUCUGCCCAAGCCUCUGGCUCGAGAUAUGAAAAUGUGGAUGAAGUCAUAAGAACAGCUACAGAAUUCGCAAAAAACAAAAUCGGCUCUUAAUAAGUGAAUUCGCUAAAAGCAAGUGCAAAUUUUAUUAACAAUUCAUAUUUAUUUUACUUUAAAAAAUGUUUUUUUGCUAUUUUCCAUUAUGAAAAAAUACAGACCUGCUAAUUAGAUUAAAUCAUUUUUCGCAUUGAAUAAAAACACGUAUGCUUUUAUAAAAAAUA